AUGGAUUAUAAACCGAUCCUAAUUCCCAUUUCUUCCUCGAAACGGAACCGACAAGGAGUAUCUGAAGGGGGAUCGAUUCGUCCGGAUAAAUCUCCCGGAGGGCGUCGAAGUUGGAAAAAAUAUUUUUUGUCGAGUCGUCGAGUUCUCCAGCUGAUCAACAAUCCGACGGAGCGUCAACAUCUGCUGGAAAGGCCACACUCCAGCAGAAGGGAGCUUAGAAGCCACCAAGUCUGGCCACAAUGCCAAAAUCCCGAGCAAAUGCGAUCAAGCGUCAAUGUUCUGAGGUAA